GCAGCAGAAGAAGAAGAAGAACCGGGAAACAAACUGCCCUGAUAGAGCAUCACUGACAGGGAUCGAUCGCCAUGUCUCAGAGGAAGAAACCGGUUACAGCUUCUCAGAACAAAACUCAGAGACGCUCUCAGGCAACACUGAAUGAAGAUGAGGAGGAGGCGUCCUUCAGCCAGGUGACAUCAUCACAGGUGCAGAGGGCCCGAGAGAACUUCACACCGGACCAGAUCGACCGCAAGGUGGCAGAGGUGGUCCAGUUCAUCUUGAUUAAAGACCAAAAGAAAAUACCCAUUCGAAGAGCAGACAUUGGCAAACAUGUGAUAAAGGACUACAAACUCCUCUACACAGAUAUCAUGAACCGUGUGUGUCGAACAUUUGAGCAGGUGUUUGGACUAAAGCUGGUGGAGACUGAUCCCAAAAAUCACAUUUAUAUCCUGAUCAAUAAGCUGGAUCCCAUUCAAGGAGAGCCUGUGAGUAUGCGUUCUGUAAACCCGAAGAAGGGUCUGCUGUUUGUCAUCCUCAGUGUCGUCUUCAUGAAGGGUGGAGUCAUCAAAGAGAAUCUGGUGUGGAAUACACUCAAGAAGCUGCGCGUGGAUCCAGGGGAGAAGCAUGACGAGUUUGGUGAUGUAAAGAAGGUGGUCACAGAUGAGUUUGUACGGCAGAAGUAUUUGGAGUAUGUGAAGAUUCCUCACACGGAGCCGGUGGAGUUUGAGUUUCGCUGGGGUCUGCGUGCGGAGAAGGAGGUGUCCAAGCUCAAGAUGCUGGAGUUCGUUGGAGAGCUGUUUGAGCAGGAUCCUCAGAGCUGGACUCAGCAGUUCAGAGAGGCCAGCGCUGUGGACACCAGCAGCCAGAGGACGUCAUCAUAACCAGCCUUCACUGAGACAUCACUCUACAAACACAGCACUUAUGUGCACUCAACUGCUUUAAGUGUUCGAUUUCUUUGUAUUUUUGUAAACAAAUAAAGUUAUUUUCCAAUUCUCU